CAAUUUGCCCUUUCACUCUGUCCCAAUCAUCAAAACUCUUCUCUUGAUUGAUGCCACAUGUGCAAUUUCUCCCUCCGUCAAUUCUCCUUUCAUUCCUUCGUUUUUCUCUCCUCCUCACCUUCAUUUAUAGGAAAAUCUUAGGAAAUGAGUUCAAGCAAAGUGAAACGACGAGUAGGCAAGUAUGAACUUGGAAGGACAAUUGGGGAAGGAACAUUUGCAAAGGUUAGGUUUGCGAAGAACUCUGAGACAGGGGAACAUGUUGCCAUCAAGAUCCUCGAUAAAGACAAAGUUCUUAAGAAUAAAAUGGUUGAACAGAUUAAACGAGAGAUCGCCACUAUGAAGUUAAUAAAGCAUCCUAAUGUUGUACGGUUAUUCGAGGUAAUGGGUAGCAAAACAAAGAUAUUCAUUGUUAUGGAAUUUGUCACAGGUGGGGAACUCUUUGACAAAAUCGUUAACCAUGGGCGAAUGCGGGAAGAUGAAGCAAGGCGAUACUUUCAUCAACUAAUUAAUGCUGUUGAUUACUGUCAUAGCAGAGGUGUAUACCACAGGGACUUGAAGCCUGAAAAUUUACUGCUUGAUGCAUAUGGAAAUCUCAAAGUUUCUGAUUUUGGAUUAAGUGCAUUAUCUAAACAAGUCAAGGAUGAUGGGUUGCUUCACACCACUUGCGGAACUCCUAAUUAUGUUGCUCCGGAGGUUCUAAAUGAUCGAGGUUAUGAUGGCGCGACAGCAGACUUGUGGUCUUGUGGGGUUAUUUUAUAUGUCCUGCUAGCAGGGUACUUACCUUUCGAUGAUGCUAAUCUUAUAACCCUCUAUAAAAAAAUUUCUGCUGCCGAAUUCUCAUGCCCUUCAUGGAUAUCUUUUGGUGCCAUGAGAUUGAUAACAAGAAUUCUGGACCCGAAUCCUAUGACACGAGUAACCAUACCUGAAAUAUUGGAGGAUCCAUGGUUUAAGGUUGGAUACAAGCCCCCUGUCUUUGAGGAGACAUAUGAAGCUAAUUUAGAUGAUGUGGAGACUGUUUUCAAGGACUCAGAAGAGCAUCAUGUAACAGAGAAGAAGGAAGAAGAACAACCGACUUCCAUGAAUGCAUUUGAACUGAUUUCAAUGUCACAGGGACUUAAUCUCGGGAAUUUAUUCGAUCACAAUCAAGAAUUUAAACGAGAAACACGGUUUACAUCCAAGUGUCCAGCUAAUGAAAUUAUCAAUAAGAUUGAAGAAGCUGCAAAGCCCAUGGGAUUUGAUGUACACAAGAAAAACUACAAGAUGAAGCUGGAAAACGUGAAGGCAGGAAGAAAAGGAAAUCUCAAUGUUGCCACUGAGAUAUUUCAAGUAGCCCCAUCGCUUCAUAUGGUUGAGGUUCGGAAGGCUAAAGGUGACACGCUAGAAUUUCACAAGUUCUACAAGAAUCUCUCUACCAGUUUGGAAGAUGUGGUGUGGAAAUCAGAAGAGGAUAUGCAAGAGCAAGCUAAAAAAUGACAAAAGAACAGAAACAAUAAAUGGUUUUAUUUUUUUAUUUUUUUUAUUUUUGGUUUUGUUUUGUGGUAUUAUCAAUUCCACUAUGAUCACAUUGCCUUGUCGCAUUUUUGUGGAGCAGCUACGCACAAGCUAAGCCACAUUUCAUCGGUAGCAUGUGUUUCCUGCUUCUUUCUGACUUUAACACUUUAACAUUGGAAUGUUAUCACAUGAAGAGCUUGAAAGACCGAAAUUUGUGGAGUUUGUUGUA